CUCUUCUUUCUUGGAAAAUCGAGCUCUCUUCCGCUCUUUCUCCUUAUUCAAGAGUGAAUAGCACAGCUGAGAUAGAGACCUGUGGCAGAUGAAAAGAAAAUCAGAGAAAGGAUUUGAGAAGACCAAAGAGGUUGAUUUAUCAAGGGAUAUUUUGUUGGAUCAGCAUUGAGAGUCUUAAAGGGUAUUUGAGAAGUCUGGGAUGAAUUGGAUUGACUUUCAAUCAUGAUCAGGAGAUGAGUGAAAUUAUUAUUAAGGUUGUAAUGAAGAGAUUUUGGGAUGGUAUGCAGGUUGACUUUACCAAAGUCAGAUUUGUAUCUGAUGAUCACAGUUAAUUUUGGAUCAUAGUAGGCUGAUUGCAGGCGUACAAGGAGAAGCUAGUUGUUUGAAUUGUUUCGUUGUGUCUUCAAUUGGCUUGCAAGUUGAAAGUCCUUUGUCCUUCAGUUAUCUUGCUUACUAUUGUUAAUAUUUGAAGCUGCUAGAAUGACUUGUAAAUUGUAGUAGAUGGAAUGUUUUGCAAGUGAUAUACGUAACUAGCAGCAAUAUAAUUUAUGGCUCAUUGAGUUUCCUUAUUGAAAGUGUUUCUCUAAGUAUCAUAAUUUGCCUGUAGCCUUAAUCUUGGUGGUACUAAGAGUAAAAUGGAAGCAGAGACUUUGAACGGCAAUCAUGCUCCCAGUUUUCUUCACCGGUCACUUCCUGCUGUUAUACCUAUGCUUAUGAUUUCAUUAGGAUAUGUUGACCCUGGAAAGUGGGUGGCAAUUGUUGAAGGAGGUGCACGAUUUGGGUUUGAUCUGAUGGCCUUUGCACUUAUCUUCAAUUUUGCAGCAAUAUUCUGUCAGUACAUAUCAGCAAAAAUUGCUAUAGUCACCGGAAAAGAUCUUGCUCAGAUUUGCAGUGAUGAGUACGACAAUUGGACAUGCAUGCUUCUUGGAGUUCAAACAGAACUUUCAGUAAUUAUGCUAGACCUGAACAUGAUAUUGGGCAUGGCAUAUGGAUUAAAUAUUCUUUUUGGAUGGGAUUUGUUCACUUGUGUCUUUUUAACUGCUACUGGUGCUGUUUUCCAUCUCCUUCUUGUUGUCCUUCUUGACAUUGAGAGGGCGAAGAUCCUAGGCCUGUUUGUGUCUAGUUUUGUAUUUCUUUCUUUUGUAUUUGGAAUACUCGUUAAUCAACCAGAAAUUCCAUUAUCCAUCAAUGGAAUACUAACAAAGAUGAGUGGGGAGAGUGCAUUUGUGCUAAUGAGUCUUUUAGGAGCAACUUUUGUGCCGCACAACUUCUACCUUCAUUCCAAUAUUGUACAGUGGCAUCAGGGAUCAACAACCAUUUCUAAGGAUGCUUUGUGUCAUAACCAUUUUUUGGCCAUCAUAUGUGUCUUCAGUGGCCUUUAUUUGGUAAAUAAUGUGCUUAUGAAUGCUGCAGCAAAUGAGUUCUACAGUAUGGAUCUUGUUUUGGCUACUUUUCAGGAUGCAUUAUCGCCAAUGGAACAGGUGCUACGUAGUCCAAUAGCCAUGCUUGCAUUUUUACUCAUUCUGUUUUUUUCAAAUCAAGCCACAGCAUUAACUUGGAGUUUUGGUGGAGAAGUAGUUGUUCAUGGUUUCUUAAAAUUGGAUAUUCCGGGUUGGCUUCAUUAUGCUACAAUCAGAGUAAUUGCUGUUCUGCCUGCCCUUUAUUGUGUUUGGAGUUCAGGAGCUGAAGGGAUAUAUCAACUACUUAUAUUCACUCAGGUUGUUGUAGCUCUGCAACUACCAUCUUCUGUGAUCCCCCUUUUUCGAAUUGCUUCUUCUAGAUCAAUAAUGGGGGUGCACAAGAUCCCUCAAUUUGUGGAAUUUAUGGCAUUGAUCAUAUUUAUUGGGAUGCUUGGCUUGAACAUUGUCUUUGUUGUAGAAAUGAUAUUUGGCAGUAGUGAUUGGGUGGGUAAUUUAAGAUGGAAUGUGGGGAAUGGUGUAUCUCUCUCUUAUUUUGUUCUUCUUUGCACUGCUUUUGCAUCAUUCUGUCUGAUGCUUUGGUUAGCCGCCACACCUUUAAAAUCUUCAAGUGUCCAAUCAUGGAACUGGUACAAGCCACAGGCCAUACCAAAUCCACGAAUAGAUACUGAGGAAACAAAUUUAACUGAAACAAGGUAUCAUGGAGAUACAUCUGUACAGGUGAUGGAAACAUCACCGGCUCUUGCAAGGACCCUUGAGUACUCAGAUGUACCAGUUACAAGCUUUUGUCAUGAUCUACCUGAAACUAUCAUGGAGCCUGACAUUCAUGUGACUACUGUAAAGGAGACUCAUUCAAUCACAUCAUUUCCUUGCUCCCCAACUUCUGUUGUUAAGGAAUCAGCUUCCACUUCAGAAUCAGAGGCAUUAUCAGCUGUAAUUAAUGAGACUUCUGAUGUUAGAUUGGGGGAUGCCAAAACUUUGAUAACAGAAUCAAUUGCCCCUAUUGAGAAAACUGUAGAAGCUGAGGGAGAUUCAAUUGCCGAAAGGGAUGAUGAUGAUGGAGAUUCAUGGGAAACUGAAGAAACAUCCAAAGUGGUCUCAGUAAGUGUUCCAUCUUCAGCAUCAGAUGGGCCAGCAUCAUUCAGGAGCCUAAGUGGGAAAAGUGAUGAUGGGGGGAAUAGCAUUGGAAGUCUUUCAAGAUUAGCAGGCUUAGGGCGUGGUGCAAGGCGUCAACUAGCAGCUAUUCUUGAUGAAUUCUGGGGACAACUUUAUGAUUUCCAUGGACAAUUUACCCAGGAAGCCAAGGCCAAGAAACUGGAUGUUUUACUGGGAGUAGAUUCAAGACUUACUGGUUCUUUGCAGAAAGUAGAUGUAUGUGGAAAGGAACAUACUGAAUACAUAACAUCUGUAGGAAGUAGAGCUCCUGAUACUUUGAUAAACUCUGUUCCAUAUGACUCUCCCCAGCAGCGGAGGAUUCAAAGUAAUUUAGAGUCUUCCUAUGGGCCUAGAAGGAGUACGUCCUCACUGCGAGCAAAUCCCAUCCAGUUUUUAGAUGAGUAUGUUACUUCCAGCCGCAAUCUCCUUGAUACUGGUGAAAGGCGCUAUUCCAGUGUGCACAAUCUACCUUCAUCUGGUGCCUGGGAUUAUCAGCCAGCUACUGUACAUGGUUAUCAGGUAGCAUCGUAUAUUAGUCAGGUUGGUAAAAACACAAAUUCUGAUAACUUAAAUAGUCUAAUGGAUUUUUCUCCAAUGAAAUCCCCUUCCAUGGGUAAUACAAACUACAGGAGUUCUGUUGCAUUCCAAAAGUUGCAAAGUGGUUCAGGUUUAGGCCAACCCCCAGGGUUCCAGAAGAUGCCUGUCUCUAAGAAUUUUCAAUUGGCAUCUGAGAGCUCUUAUUAUGAUUCUCCCUCUUCUGGACCUGGUGAUAAUGCAGUCAGUUCAGUUAAUACUAAGAAAUACCACAGCUUGCCAGACAUUUCAGGAUAUGCCAUCCCUAGCAGGGAUGUUUACAUGUCUGAUAAUAGUGCUCCAUGGGAUGGUUCUGUUGGCGGAUAUGGAAAUAGGAGUCGUUAUGAACCGUCAUUAUAUCUGAAUUCUGGAUCAAGGACGGGAGCUCCUUUAGCGUUUGAUGUACUCUCUCCAUCAAAAGUCUACGGAGGAGGUGCACUUCCUUCUCAGUUGAGUUCUGGUUUUGGUACUGAAUCCCUCUGGUCCAGACAACCUUUUGAGCAGUUUGGAUUGGAUGAUAAAAUCCAUAAAUCUGGAACAGAUGUUAGAAUUAAGCCUAGUGCAACUGCUCAAGAAACUACUUCGCUUGUGGAUAUAGAUGGCAAACUUCUUCAAUCUUUUAGACAUUGUAUUGUGAAACUCACAAAAUUGGAAGGGUCAGAUUGGUUGUUUAGACAGAAUGAUGGAGCUGAUGAAGAGCUGAUUGAUGGUGUUGCUGCCAGGGAGAAAUUCAUUUAUGAAGUUGAAACCAUGGAUAUGAGCCGGGUCAAUUGUAUGGGAGAAACUCGUUAUUUUUCUUCUGAUAGGAAGUCAUGUUCUUCAAUGAAAAAUAACGAGGUAAAUUGCACUAAUUUUUCUGUGUCCGCAAUCCCUCACUGUGGGGAAGGAUGUGUAUGGAGAGCAGACUUAAUCAUAAGCUUUGGGGUGUGGUGUAUCCACCGUGUUCUUGACCUUUCACUUAUGGAGAGCCGGCCAGAGCUUUGGGGGAAAUACACGUAUGUCCUCAAUCGUCUUCAGGGCGUCAUUGACCUGGCUUUCUCCAAACCUCGUAGUCCCUUAUCACCAUGCUUUUGCCUUCAAGUUCCCAUGACACACCAGCAAAAGUCCAGCUCACCUCCUACCAAUGGCAUGCUGCCCCCUGCUGCGAAACCAGGCCGGGGAAAAUGCACAACUGCGUCAAUGGUGUUUGAGAUGGUCAAGGAUGUGGAGAUGGCAAUCUCUAGCCGGAAAGGCCGCACAGGUACUGCAGCUGGUGAUGUAGCUUUUCCCAAGGGAAAGGAAAAUUUGGCAUCUGUUCUCAAACGGUACAAGCGUAGAUUAUCCAACAAACCAGUUGGCACUCAAGAAGGGAUUCGCAAGAUUCUCACAUCAGUACCAUACAACUUAUAGUAUUUUGCCCUCUGAAUGCAUUAACACAAGUAGUGUUCCUUGGGCUGUUUUGAUAUGUUAAGCAGUCCAUGCUAUGUAUCAAGGACUGUUGUAUCCGUGUACCAAGGUCCUUCCUGCAUAUUAUAUUUCCUUGUAUGUUAUAUACAGAUAGGGUUAAAUUACUAUUUGUAAUUGCAAUGAAAUCAAAAGAAAAAAGUGGUUAGAUGGAAACUGACUUCUACAUGUUGGCUUAUUUUAAAUGUGCUUCAUCUCGCAAGUGCAUGCAAGGCGGGGGGAAACAAAAUGACCAAAAAAUGUCGACAUGUUUUUAAUUCAGGUGUUAAUAAGACACUUGGUAUGGUUGCCAAGUUUUCAACCAUUCCAGUUUUAGUGUGGAGAAGGUGGUUAUGCUUUUUGGUUGCUAUGAAGUUUUCUACUCAUGUAAUAUUUCUUUUUGUCCCGCCAAUUCUCAUGCGUUUUACAGGAAAAUAUUAACAAUUAUGAGAAAUAAGGAUCAGGUGACUUAUAUAUUAAAUUAAUAAAUAUAUAAUGAAUGAUGUAU